AUGGAUGUUUGGAGAUGUGUAAAGAAGAAUAAAUGUAACAUUGUAAGAAGACCAAACACUCAGGAAUUUCCACAGAUCUGCACGUGUAAAAAGGCCAGUGGUCGUGAUCUAUGUGUUACAAUUAACUGUGAUCAAAAGUCAGUCUGUAAUUACACCAUUUCAAAGCGUUUUAAUUGUUCACAGACCAUAUACGAUAACAACAAAAUUCAACAGGCCGAAACCAGUGGUGACAACAGGAAUGACAACAUUACAAUUCUUCAGAAAGUUGGAAACAAAGAUCAUUGUUCCGUUUUUGUGAACGUCACUAAGAAAGGCCUCCGUGAGAAUGAAAAAACACGAAAGGUCAAGAGGACUAAUAGACAUCAGUCAGAAACAUCAUCAAAAUCUUUACAUUCUGAACUUUAUGCAGAAAUUGGCGAAGAUUCAAACGAAACGUCCAAGGGUCCAAAACAAAGCAGUCCAAGUCAAACUACAAUCGAUGCAGAUAAAUGUGAUUGUAAUCAAAGAAGCAACAGUGAAUACGACUACAGUCACGUGUACAACAUUCUACAACCAAAUUACGGCUCCAACAGGCUUUCUCAUCCCGAUCUCAGUUCACUAACAACCUUAGAAAUGACAUACCCCUAUCAGCAAUGUCGAAGUCUCCAGAAUCUUCGAGACCAAAAUCUUAUACAGAAUGAAGGGGCGUCAAGAUUAUCUCUCUGAAGUUACGGAAGUGUGAACUACCAAAUGUUGUUGAUAUAAAUCCAAUAUCAAUGACCGAAGUGGACCAUAAACAUUGUCAUGUAUCGUAGUAUAUUAUUCAUUUAGGUAAUUCCCUAAACUUCUUCUGGUAUAUUUUCAUCAUAAUAUAAUGAAGAACUUUACCCAAUAGUUCCAUCGUACU